AUGGCUGGCUUGUGCAAACGGUUCUGGUCUUGUCCUAGGGCUGCCCGUCACUGGACCGUACACAUUCGACCCCAGAGCACGCGCGCCGCAUCAAGACCCAACGCCACCGUCGCCGUUCCUGAUCUACCUCCUCCACAUCCCUCGGCUAAACCCUCUAAACUCUCAACACUCAAGUCCGCAAAGCCCUUCUCCGAAUUCCUUACCGAUACUUUUAAUCGCCAACAUGACUACCUCCGAAUUAGCGUCACGGAACGCUGCAAUCUUCGGUGUCUGUACUGCAUGCCCGAGGAAGGCAUAGACCUCUCGCCCUCGGCGAAACUGCUUACGUCCCCGGAAAUUCUAUACCUGUCCUCAUUAUUCGUCUCCCAAGGAGUGACCAAAAUCCGAUUGACGGGUGGCGAACCGACCGUCCGCAAAGACAUCGUGCCGUUGAUGCAGGAUAUUGGCAAGCUGCGAACAAAUGGGCUUCGGGAACUGUGUCUGACAACCAAUGGAAUAUCAUUACAUCGAAAAUUGGACUCGAUGGUGGAGGCUGGGCUGACGGGAGUCAAUCUCAGUCUCGACACGCUAGAUCCGUUCCAGUUCCAGAUCAUGACAAGACGCAAGGGAUUCGACGCUGUGAUGAAGAGCAUCGACCGCAUUCUGGAAAUGAAUAAGGUCGGUGCAGGGAUCAAGCUGAAGAUCAAUUGUGUUAUCAUGAGGGGAAUGAACGACCGAGAGAUCCUCCCGUUCGUGGAACUGGGCCGCGAGAAACCGGUUGAAGUGCGCUUUAUCGAGUAUAUGCCUUUCGGCGGGAACAAAUGGAACCAGGGAAAGAUGUUCUCAUAUCAGGAGAUGCUGGAUGUCAUCCGAGAGAAGUAUCCCACAUUUGAAAAAGUGGCCGACCACAAGAAUGACACGAGUAAGACAUACCGUGUUCCUGGCUUCGAAGGCCGCGUGGGAUUUAUCACGAGCAUGACGCACAACUUCUGUGGCACCUGUAACCGGUUACGCAUUACUAGUGACGGAAAUCUCAAGGUCUGCCUGUUCGGUAACUCCGAGGUCUCCUUGCGGGAUAUCAUCCGCAAGGAGAAUGGUGGGAGCCCAAUUGACGUGGAUGCAAUGAACAACCUGCAGCUGUUGGAAACAGUAAAAAGCGCAGCGCGCCUUAGUGACGAAGGCGGCUUGGUGAAUGAGCGAGAACGUGAGAUUCUUGAUAUCAUCGGCAUGGCAGUGAAACGAAAGAAGGCGAAACACGCGGGCAUGGCGCAACUAAAGGACAUGAAGAACCGCCCUAUGAUCUUGAUUGAUAAUAAACCGAAACCAUGGGGAUUAGGGUCUCACCCUUGGUCAACCAUACCAGUACAUAUGCUUUCGCAUCUCUCUACAAUUUCCCAAGCUCGUCUCUACCACUCCGGACGAUCUAAACCAGAGACCAAAUCCCCCUCUCUACCCACAACCUCAGACGCCGACCUCCCUCACCUCACACCAUCCAAGACCGUCCAUAUGACCCAGAUCACCGAAAAGCCCGAAACAAAACGCGUCGCCACAGCCGCCUGCACCGUCUCCUUCUCGAACUCCCGACCCUGGGAAAUCCUCCGCGAAGGCCAAACUACACACAAAGGCGACGUCUUCAGCGUUGCCCGGAUCGCGGGUAUCAUGGCCGCUAAAAGAACGCCUGAUAUUGUGCCUCUUUGUCAUCCCGGCAUUGGUAUUACCGGGGUCGAGGUUAGCGUGGAACUAGUUGAACCUGGAUCGAACAGGGAUCAUGGUGCUAUGCAUGUCGUGGCGUCGGUCAGCUGUUUUGGUCGUACAGGGGUGGAAAUGGAGGCUAUGACAGCUACUAUGGGUGCGGCUUUGACGGUUUAUGACAUGCUUAAGGCUGUGGAUAAGGGGAUGAUUAUUGAUUCUGUUCGAUUGUUGGAGAAACAGGGUGGGAAAAGUGGGCAUUGGGUGCGGGAAUGA